AAACCCGCCACCACCGCUCGCCCUCUAAACCCUCGCCGUCGCCGUCGCCGUCAUCCUCCUCCCCCUCCCGCCAUGGCGAUGGCCGGCGCCGCCGGGCGGUGCCUCCUGCUGUCCCGCCCGUCCCCGCUCCUCCGCCUCCGCCUCCUCCGCGCCGCGCUCUCCACCACCGCCGUCGUCACUGACCCCGCGCCCGCGCCAGCGCCUGCCCCGUCCCGCCACGAGCUGCUCCUCGAGCGCCUCCGGCUGCGCCACCUCAAGGGCCCGUCCACGGCCCCCGCCAGGCCGUCGGCGCGGGAGAAGGCGGGGAGGGGCGGCGCGCAGGACGUGCAGCAGAAGAGGAGGGUCGAGGUGGUGGACAGCUUCGAGGAGCUCGGGCUCGGGGAGGAGGUGAUGGCCGCGCUCGGGGAGAUGGGGAUCUCUAAGCCCACCGAGAUCCAGUGCGUCGGCGUGCCCUCCGUCCUGGCUGGCACCAGUGUCGUGCUUGGCUCGCACACCGGUUCCGGGAAGACGCUCGCCUACCUGCUCCCGCUUGUACAGCUACUGCGUCGUGAUGAAGCAGUGUUGGGUAUGUCAAUGAAGCCAAGGAGGCCAAGAGCAGUAGUUCUGUGCCCCACAAGGGAGCUGACUGAGCAGGUCUUUCGUGUUGCAAAGUCCAUAAGCCAUCAUGCACGUUUUCGGUCAACAAUGGUUAGUGGAGGCAGCCGUAUAAGACCCCAGGAAGAUUCUCUUAACAUGCCUGUAGACAUGGUUGUUGGGACUCCUGGAAGGAUUCUUGAUCAUAUCAAGGAUGGGAACAUGGUUUAUGGCGAUAUCAAGUAUCUGGUCCUUGAUGAGGCAGAUACGAUGUUUGAUCAAGGUUUUGGACCAGACAUUCGGAAGUUUCUUGCUCCUUUGAAGAACCGUGCUGCAAAACCUGGCGAUCAGGGGUUCCAAACUGUAUUAGUUACUGCUACUAUGACCAAGGCAGUACAAAAGCUGAUAGAUGAGGAAUUUGAAGGUAUCGUUCAUUUGCGGACGUCAACCUUUCAAAAAAGAGUUGCAACUGCACGACAUGACUUCAUCAAACUGUCUGGUUCAGAAAAUAAACUAGAGGCGCUCCUGCAGGUUCUUGAGCCAAGCUUAGCAAAGGGAAACAAAAUCAUGGUGUUCUGUAAUACUUUGAAUUCAAGUCGUGCGGUGGACCAUUUUCUGACUGAAAAUCAGAUAUCUACUGUAAACUACCAUGGAGAAGUUCCUGCUGAAGAAAGGGUUGAGAACCUUAACAAGUUCCGGAAUGAAGAGGGGGAUUGUCCAACAUUGGUCUGCACUGACCUAGCUGCUCGAGGCCUAGACUUGGAUGUUGACCAUGUCAUCAUGUUUGACUUCCCAUCAAACUCUAUUGAUUACCUCCACAGAACAGGAAGAACUGCACGUAUGGGAGCAAAAGGGAAAGUUACUAGCCUUGUUGCAAAGAAAGAUGUGGCUUUAGCAACACGGAUUGAAGAGGCUAUCAAGAAAAACGAGAGCUUGGAAGCACUGACGACCAACAAUGUCCGAAGGGCGGCCACCAGCCCGCAUCAUGCUAGUACCAAAGGACGACCAAGUGGUCUGAAGGUAGUAAACCAGAAGGGUAGAAGGGGAGUCGCGCUAUCGACCAAGUCAUCAAGGGUUGUCAAGGACACAACCUCAUCCAGAAGGUCAUCAAGGGUUGUCAAGGACACAACAUCCAGAAGGCGGUCACCGGCUAAGAACCAACCGAAGUCGAAAUCGACAUCGUCUGGGAAGGCGAAGCCAGUGCGAUCUGCUAAGCCAAGCAAGAGCGGUAGCCCCAAGGUUGCGAAGAGCAGGCCAAGACCAGAGGGACGGAAAGGGGAUGCUCUGAACAAGCUGGGAACUAAGCUCAGUGUGGUCGGAUUCAGAGGCCGCAGCUCAGGGAAAUCGGCGCAAGCAUCGUAGUGAGGCCUCGGAGAUUUUGGAUACUGAAAUUCAUCUUGUAAAUAGGAGCAUCUGUGACUCUGCUCCGGCCGUUUUCCCUUGCAGGUUUGCAAGCCCCUAAUUGAGAAUUUGAGAUACCCCUUCCAAGAAAAUGAUACGCACUGUUGAGAUCCCACCACGAUACAUCCAUUGAAAAUUUGAAAUAAUGCAAUCAUCUGUUAAUCUGUCUCAUUAUCCAUGAAUAA